AUGCCGCGGGAGUCCGUGGACGGGCUCAAGAAGAACUGGAGUGGCCGUCCGCUUCCGCGUAGAUCGGAACACGCAAGUGCCCCAGCGGGUGCCUCUCCUCCGCCGCCCACUCUGCGAUGUCGCCUCCUGGGUCGUGCUGAGACAGCAGCGUUGAGGAUGCCAAACUGGCAGGAUGGGUUCGUCUCCGACCUUUCGACUUUCCUCGAGCAGCUACUGGGCUUGCCGCAAGAAGCCUUCACCCUUCGGGUUCGGCACAGCUGGCACAAGGUCAACGUAGUCUCGGUUCAGAUCUCCUUCGGCUCGUGUGCCGGCCCAAACCAUGCGGAGCUUCUUGAGCGAAGCCUCUGCGAUGGGAGCCUCAGGCGGCUGGCCCUCCGGACCUGUUCGGAAACCUUCUGGCCUGUGUCGCAGGUGCUUCGGCAGUUCCUUCUGCGAGACACGGCCUUCGAAGCGUUCUGGGUCACGGAGCGGCACGAGUGGCUGAUACCCAACUUUCCGCAGGUGGUGCGGAGCCCGAAUGCUUUCCUGGCCUCCCUGCCCUUUGAGCUGGGAGGAGGCAGCAACCUCACGCUUCUCCUGCAUCCGAAUGGAUCUUCGAAGGCGGGUCCUGAUGGCUUUGCCUCCCUAACGUUGUCUUCAGCGGGCCACGAGCGACCGACCUCGGCCUUCCUUCUUACGGCAGGAGUCAACGGCGAGGUGUGGACUGGCCCGUUUGGCCGUGAUGAAACCAAUCGCUUCCUUGCAGGUGGGGCCCUGUGUCCAUUCGAGGAGCUGCUGGAGCUGGUGGAUGACGACCAGACACUUCUCCUUGCAGUAGAGGCGGUCCAUGGAGAUGCACCAGACCCUUGUGAGGUUAACCAGCAGGACAUCUCAUCAAGGCCCGCGCCGUCCAGGCGACCAGAGGAUCCGCGGACCCCUUGGUCACAGCCACAAGGGCCAGCGGCCCCAGCGGAAGCCUCCGAGGGGGCGCCAAGCACAUCGGCCUGCGGCGCAGCGCUGCUCGCGGCGGUCGAAGCUGCGAGGAAGUGUAUGGAUGCCGUAGAUGCCAUAAGUGCAGCGGAGAUGCAGGUUGGCUGCGAGAUGAUCCAUGCUGUGUCAGCAGCGCAGGAAAAGGUGGAGGACCUUUCCGGGAGGAUGUCAGCUCUGGAGAGAGCUUUGAGGAGACGGGCGCAGGUACCCGUCCAGCCAGUGCCUGAGCCAAAGGUUGCACAGGCUACAGCAUGGGCCCCACCGGCGCCCGAAGAGCCCAAAGAUGAGCUCCGCACGUCGCUGGAGUUCGAUGGCACGCACCUUGCAUGGCACGUGGAGCUCUCCGAGAACUCGGAGCCUCCGCACUGCCUCUUCCACGAGAGCCUUGCGAAGUUGUCCACCUCCACAGCCGACUUCCCAGACGAAGACGACUGA